AUGACGCAACAUGAAGUGCUGACGGAAAAAGUAUGUGUUAAAGAGAAGAACGUACAAUGCGUGAGAGCCGAUGUAGGCACUAUUGCGCGUGCGCGUUCAUUUAUUCCGAGGAUAGAAACUGCUGCUUUAUUCCGGCUGCAAGCGGAAGAUCCUACUGAUAACCUGCACAUUGAUUCGAUAAGUACCGUUAUUCAAACAUUAGUACCCAUUUUCCAACUUUAUAGACCUGACAGUGGACUUUAUCUAUGUAAUGGAAUAUUAAUUCAUCCCCGAGCUGUCCUCGCAUCUAGAGCUUGUGUCCGAGAUUUUUCACCAUACUCUUAUGCAGUCAGUGUUUACCAAUGGAAAAACAACCGAGCUUCGAUAAAUCGAGCUCAGCUACACAGGGUUCAGUACUUCUUGAAUAGUUACGUUUAUUUCGGAUUCUUGAAACAGGAUAAAUCUCUUCCGAACAUCCCAUCAGAAAACCAUGAAUAUAUAAAUAUGAAAACACCAAUACUUUUGGUGUUAAAAGAGCCAAUAAACUCGAUGGUUCCAGCGAGUUUCACACAUUCAAUGACAUCGCAAGACAUAAACAAUAGACAAAACCCCAAAGAAUGCUAUCGUCUUGAGAUUACUCCAAAUUUUUUUGAAACAAAUUCGAUUAUUGAUUCGGCAAUUCCUUACAGUAUAAUAUCUAACGGUAAAAUUCUGACGUCUUCAGAGAUAAAGAGCAUCUAUCAUGCUUCUGUUCACCAAAAAUUUGUCGAUGACAUAAAAAAUAAUAGCAAUAUUUCACUCUUGUAUAUUAGCAAUGACUCUAUCUUCGUAACCAGCUCCCAAAAAUUCAUUGAAAAUACAAUUUCUAGAUCCUCAGGCUCUCCGCUAGUUUGCCGAUCUCAUCCCCAAGAUCCCUUUCAACUAACGGGAAUUUUAAUUGAUACACUCGACAAUUUUCCGGCGUAUUUUGCCGUUAAUGGAAACUGGAUGAAACAAAAGCUAGGUUUUCUCAACAGUCAAGCAAUACAUUUAUAA